CGGCUGCACUCCCUUCAAGCACCCUCGAGAUGUUCUCGCGGAGGGGUCAUGCGGAUGUCAAGAAGUCUGCGCAGAAGGCGCUGGACCCGCGGAAAGAGCCGCUGACUCGUCUCAAGCACCUUCGGGCUUUGAUGGAUGCUGUAGAUGGAAGUGAACUCAAACAGUUCUUUGAGAUCAACUAUUCUCAAAUGUAUCUUAUCUUCUAUGAAAGUUUUGUAACACUGGAAACCAGUCUGAAACAAAAAGGAAAUAAAUCUCAAAGGGAAGAGUUGGAUUCCGUUCUUUUUCUUUUUGAAAGGAUACUACAAUUAUUUCCUGAGAGAAUUUUCUGUCGAUGGCAUUUUCGUAGCAUAGGGUCAAUUUUGAAGAAACUUUUGCACACUGGAAACUGCCUUAAGAUAAGAUGUGAAGGAAUACGAUUAUUUCUUCUUUGGCUGCAAGCUCUCCAGACUAAUUGUGCAGAAGAGCAGCUGUUAAUUUUUGCUUGUCUUGUGCCUGGUUUUCCUGCAGUAAUAUCUUCAAAAGGUCCAUGUACACUGGAUACCCUCAUCAGCCCUCCUUCUAGUCUUCCUAAUGGGAAAAUAUAUCCUGAAGAUAUAACACCACUUUUACCACAUGCUACUGGUGAAAAGAUUGAAGACCCAACUUGCUACUUUCUUCAGAUACUCCUAAAAUAUAUGGUAAUUCAGGCUGCAAAGUUGGAAUGGAAGAAUAAGGAGAACCUUGACACAGGAUUUAAGUUUCUCUUUGCGCUCUUCAGAAAGUAUUAUCUUCCUCAUUUAUUCCCCUUUAUAAAACUAACCAACCUCUACAAUCCUGUGCUUGAGAUCCCUGGCCUGCGCCCCAAACCAGUAUAUGUUAGUAUAACUUGUGAUGGCGGAAAUUUUUAUAGUACAAAAAUUCCAUACCUGGAUGCUCGUGUAACUUUUAUAAAAUGGCUUGUAAAUUUUUUUCUGGAAAAGAAAUAUCUUUUAGCAGCACAAACUUUCAAAAAUGGUGUGGAAGUUCUACCCAGAAUCAUUCAAACAGUGGGUAACACAGUGCAAGAUAAAACUCCUGAAGUGGAGACCAGUGUCCCAUCAGAUCAGGAGAAAAAUCAUAUCAACCACAGCGGGAUACUCAAUGAUUCCAGUUUUUGCAGCAUUGAAGAGCAGCACCGAUUUGCAUACGAAAUGGUGCAACAAAUAUUUUUGUCUACAAGAGAUAAUGUGAAUUUUGUUAAUGAAGUAUUUCAUCAGGCUUUUUUGCUGCCAGCAUCAGAGAUAUCCUUAACUGAAAAUAUUGUGAAAGUUUAUAGGAAAUGGAUAUUACAUGAGAAACCUCUCUUCAUGGAAGAACCAGAUGUAAAGGAGACUAUUCAAGAUGAUGAUGUCAUCACAGAACACUCAACAGAAGAGACCGAUGGCAAACACCUUGUGUCUGGACAUAAAAGAUCUUCAAGUUGGGGAAGAAGUUAUUCCUUCUCUAGUGCUGUUACCAGAGGAUGCUUAUUAGAAGAUGAAAACCAGAAUGUUAAAGCAGGUCUUCAAGCUACACUGCAGGUAUUUUUGACCAACUCUGCAAACAUAUUUUUAUUGGAACCAUGCAGUGAAGCCCCUGAACUACUUAAAGAGCAGAUAAAUUCUUGCAGAGCAGUUUUGAGUAUAUAUAGGCGCAUGAUAAUGGAAGUUCCAAUGAAUAAAAAGACCUGGGAGCAUAUGUUGCAAAUGCUUCUUAGCAUAACAGCAGCUGUCAUGAGCAACUCCAAAGAUGAUCAGAUAAAGGAUGCAUUUGGUCAAAGUUUAGCAGGUUUACUAUUUCGGACUCUCAUUGUGGCUUGGAUCCGAGCAAAUUUGAGUGUUUACAUUUCUCGUGAGCUCUGGGACGAGUUGCUACGUGUGCUGUCAUCCCUUACAGAUUGGGAAGAACUAAUAAUGGAAUGGGCUAAUAUAAUGGAUUCUUUAACAUCUGUUUUAGCAAGAACAGUAUAUGGUGUUGAAAUGACCAGGUUGCCACUAGAUAAGCUAAGUGAACAAAAAGAGAAAAUACAAAAAGGAAGAGGUGGCAUUUUAGAAUCUCAAAAAGGAGCUGCAGUUGGAAGAUCGUUUUCUUUAAGCUGGAGAGAUCAUCCUGACGUUACAGAACCAAUGAGAUUUAGGAGUGCUACCACCUCAGGAGUACUGGGAAUUGAGAAAGCAAGGAAUAUAGUGCGUCAGAGAACAACAGAAAGUGAACAACGUGAACUAUCAGAAAAUGGAUCAGGAAUUAUUAAUCAGCAACCGGUAAACUUAUUGAGAGCAGAAUAUAACAGUCCUUUUUCAGAUCAGGAUCAAUUAACUCGAAGCAGUAGUACCUCUGAUAUUAGAGAACAAUGCAGUUCUGAUAUUUUCCAAGUUAGAAAAACAGAGAGUUCACAAAAUUUAACUGCAGGAUCCAGAUCUGUUCAAAAAAGUAAGGAGACCAUGAACAAGGAAAGUACACUACAAGAAGCAAGCAACACUCCAUCUGAAUUAAUUCUCAAGACAGACAGACAGCUGUUACAUGGAAAUCAGAAAGAGAAAGAAAAAUGUGAAAGUAUUAGCAGUGAUACUUCUAUUGGAUACAACAGUGAAAUGGGCAUGAGCUUGGCUACCUGGCAAACGUGUGAAGAAAAUAAUGAUGUCUCCAUGCAUGCCGACAUUUCUGUGGAUCCAGAUGCCCAUCAGUGGUUGGCUGCCAACUUCUCAGACAGCAGUGAAUUCCUUGCCGAUGAUUGUAGCAUAAUUGCUGGUGGCAGUCUUACUGGAUGGCAUCCUGACUCUGCAGCGGUAUUAUGGAGAAGAACAUUAGGAAUUCUUGGAGAUGUGAACAAUAUCCAGUCUCCUAAAAUACAUGCCAGAGUUGUUGAAUAUCUCUUUGAGUUAUGGCACAAAUUAGCAAAGAUAAGAGACAACCUGGCAAUAAGUCUGGAUAACCAGUCUACUCCUUCCCCUCCUGUUUUAAUUCCACCACUUAGAAUAUUUGCAUCAUGGUUGUUCAAGGCUACAACUUUACCAGAUGAAUAUAAAGAAGGAAAGAUCCAUGCCUACAAACUGAUAUGUGCUAUGAUGACAAGACGACAAGAUUUUAUGCCAAAUCCUGACUACCUGGUGCAUUUUUAUCUUAUCAUGCACAUUGGCUUAACUAGUAAAGACCAGGAUGUUUUGAACACUAUUAUCAAACACUGCUCCCCAUUCUUUUUCUUCUUGGGCUUACCCGGCUUUACACUGCUAAUAAGAGACUUCAUAACAGCGGCAACUAGGGUUCUGAGUACAAAUAUGUUGGAAGCUCCUCGCUUAGAAGCAAAUACUAUUCUUGGAUCUCUGAUUUGCUUUCCUAACCUUUACCAAGACAUUGCAUUGCUAUCAUCUGUUCCUGAAGCAGAAAUCACAACAGGAACUGCAGAUGUCAAAUUUUGCCUCAUAAAUACUCUUUUAAAGAAUGCCAAAGAGGAACCAAGUGAAGCUUCAAGGUAUUUAUCCCUUUGCUGUCUUGGGCUUUGGAUAUGUGAAGAACUUGUGCACUGUACCAACCAUCCUCAAGUAAAAGAUGCAAUAAAUGUUUUUGGUGUGACACUAAAGUUUUCUAACAAGCAGAUUGCACAAGCAGCCUGUGAUAUCUUUCAGUUAUUGACAUCUUACUGGGAAAAACUACAGAAAUACAACAUUUCUCUACCCCAAAAAAUUAUUGAAAUCCUUGUUGCCACUAUUGCAUUUCUCCUACCAAGUGCAGAAUACUCUUCUGUGGAAAGUGAUAAAAAGUUUAUAGUUUCAUUGUUACUUUGUUUAUUGGAUUGGUGCAUGACAUUGCCAGUGAAGAUAUUGUUGGAGCCUGUAUUUACUUCCAGUUUUGAAAAUCAUUAUUCUUCUAAUACUCCAUUGCUUGAUUAUAUUUAUAGGAUCCUGAACUGUUGUGUUUAUGGUUCAAACCUGUACACACAGCAAAGCCAUUAUCUUUUAAGUCUUGCCGACCUCUCCAGUGAGUUCUAUGAUCCCUUUAUGCCCCUAGGAAAUGUUAGGAAUUCUGAAGUGAUUCCGGUUCAGUCUUCUGCAGACCUGAAUAAUUUGCUCACUGUUGCUGAAGAAAUGAAGCGGAGGAGCUUGGAGUUAAUACCAUUGACAGCACGAAUGAUUAUGGCACAUCUAGUUAACAAUUUGGGCCAUUAUCCUCUGACUGAAGGUCCUGCUGUUCUACAUAGUCUUAUUACUGAAAAUCACAACAAUUCUUGUAUGGAAUCUUCUGAACUCUCACCUGAAGUCUUCCGAAGCCCCAAUUUACAGAUCUUUGAAUUUAAUGAAAAUGCUGUCAUUUCUUACCUCCAGAUUCCUUCAAAAAGGGGGCUGGAUGAUGAAUUGGACGAAUCUUUCUCAGAAGUAAGAGUAAUUGUUAGGGAUAUCUCUGGAAAGCAUUCAUGGGACGGACAAUUGAUGUAUGGGCCAAUAGCUGCAUAUUCAGUAGAUCAGAAGAACAGAAAAUUCUCUGUGAUUAUGGAAAAGAAUAAGCAGAACUUUGAGUCUCCAACUGAUUUCAUUCAGAUAGAUGAUGGAGAAGAUGCUCUUGAUAGGUUGCUAGAAAAGAUUGGCAGUACUAGUCCUGAGUGCCUUUUAUAUCCACAAGUAAAAUUAAAUGAGCCAUCCCCAUCUCCAUUUGGCAUGAGUCAUGCCCAAACUAGUGAUAUCAUUGAAGUAAUACUGCAGCAGAGUUGCAUAGAAAAUGAAUAUGCUCAUGGAUAUUAUCUGAAUCAUAAUACAAAAAGCGAAAAUCAGAAGAUGCCAGGACCUGCUCUGCUACAGUCACAAUUUCAUUUAUGUAGACUUUUGCUAAAUGGCUUAGGAAUGAAUUCUUGGGAAAAAAGAAAAAGUUUUAAUAUUUUGAAGAAAAAUUCUAAAUUGUUGAGAGAGCUGAAAAAUUUAGACUCUAGACAAUGCCGUGACACUCACAAGAUUGCAGUUGUUUACAUUGCUGAAGGACAAGAAGAUAAAUGUUCAAUAUUGUCCAAUCCUCAAGGAAGCCAAGCAUAUGAAGAUUUUAUUGCCGGAUUGGGUUGGGAGGUUGAUCUUUCAACUCACUGCGGGUUUAUGGGUGGCCUGCAACGUAACGGUAGCACAGGACAAACAGCCCCAUAUUAUGCUACUUCAACUAUUGAAGUAAUUUUUCAUGUAUCUACACGAAUGCCGUUUGACUCAGAUGACUCACUGACCAAAAAGCUUCGUCACUUGGGAAAUGAUGAAGUUCAUGUUAUCUGGUCUGAACAUAGCAGAAACUAUCGCAGGGGCAUUAUACCAACAGAUUUUGGUGAUGUUUUAAUUAUUAUUUAUCCAAUGAGGAAUCGUAUGUUUUACAUCGAGAUUAUGAAGAAACAACAGGUCCCAUUUUUUGGUCCUUUGUUUAACGGAGCAAUUGUGACUGCAAAACUGUUGCCAAAUCUUGUACGGGCCACAUGUAUCAAUGCCAGCAGAGCCGUGAAAUCUCUUAUAACUCUCUAUCAGAGCUUUUAUGAGGAAAGAGCAAUAUAUCUUGAUGAAAUAAUCCGGAAUCACAAAGAACAACUGUCAUUUGAGGAUUUUGCUGCUCAGGUCUUCUCUCCCUCUCCCAGUUACUCCCGUAGUGGAUGUGAUUAAAAUAUGUAAUGAUCUCGUUACGGUAAUUGAGAAAGACAUUACUACAUGUUUGACUGAUGAUUUUCCUGCACAUGUAAGGACCGAAUAAACAGAGCAGAUUUUCACCAAUACCGACAACUGUCAAAAAAAAAGUUUCUGGGAGGUUGUACUCAUUGACCAAGUACUCUCAGUAAACCUUCAAGUUAAAUAUUUUGGAAAUUUAAAAUAAUUGAAGAAACCUACAUGCUCAUCUGCUCUAUCUUUCCAGGUGGUAAUUUUGAAGACUGCAUAAUG